CCUACACCUUUAAAUGCUACUGGCUGUUUUUGUUGUUGUUGCCAACGCCAUUAUAAUUGUGUGCAAAAGCGUUAUUGCUCUAGUGUGGUAAAAAUAUAUAAUUUUAGUUAUCAUGCAUAGUUUGUUUAUGUAUUCAUACCAUGUGUAGGAUACAUGUGGGUUACUGAUAUUAUGCUGCUUUUAUUGGCCUAAUUAAAAAUACUUUUUUUUAUAUAGGCUAGCUACAUCUCAAUUCUGCAUGUCUGUCCACUCCAGUGACAGUUUACCAACAACUACGAUACAACUGUUACACACCCUGGUGAUGCCUUUGUAUGAAUAGAUAGGAUAUUGUUGGAUAUUCAUAUCCCACUGUUUGGUACCUGAUUAUCUUUCCUUACAGUAGCCCAGUACUGUACGGAAACAAAGCGUCACGGGCGUGGGCGGGAUCAUGUAGGCGGAGCCAGUACGUUGUAGGAAUCUGAAGGCGGGCUUACGCAAGAAUCACGGAAUCCUGACCAACCGCGGCGAAGCAUUCAUGUGGCCAACAGUAGAUCAGUGUGACUCCACUGUUUUUUGUUUUUUUUUAGGGAGAGCGCUAGAGAGAAAUGGGCGUGACAACGGGGUGUCUGGACCACGACUAGUCUCCUGUAGGAAUGAGCAUCUCGCAGUCUCCAAUGUACCCUAUGACAACGGAGAGGCGAUGCAGACUGAUCGGUCAUAUGGUUGUUCCCUCAAACUUGCCUUCGCAGGUGGUGUUUUAACAGAACGGAGCCCGAUUUUGAGGCCAUACGGGGAUUGACAACUCAAGGGAAUUACAACCUCCGUCGGCAAACAUCAGCGGGCAAUCUGACAAGGCCUAUAUCGACUGCGUCUUCUUGGAUAGCGAUCAAGCAACCGCCUCUACACUGGCACUGGGAGACGCAAUCCGCUGCAAUCUGCAAGUUGAAGUCAUAGGGCAGAAACAGCCAUGAUUAUGCUCUGUGAGCCCCCGUUGUGGCCGGUGGGCAUGGUUUUGGAGGGCAGCUCGGAGGCCCUGUGUCCCCCCCCAUCUCUGGAACUGCGACCGUCUUGCAACAAGAGCCAGCCCUCCCCCCCGCUGGGCUCGGCCUCCCAGCCCCAUGAAGGCCUCUUCCCGGGGGACAAGGAGCCAGUCAAGUACGGGGAGCUCAUCGUCUUAGGGCACAAUGGUUCUCUGAACAAUGGGGAUAAAGGUCGCCGAAGAAGUCGCCUGGCGCUCUACAAGAGACCCAAAGCUAACGGGGUCAAACCUGACGUCAUCCACAAUGUUUCCACCCCUCUGGUGUCAAAGGCUCUCAGCAACAAAAGUCAGCACAGCAUCUCCUACACAUUGUCCAGAAGUCACUCUGUCAUCGUGGAGUACACACAUGACACCAACACAGACAUGUUCCAGAUCGGGCGCUCCACGGAGAGCAUGAUAGACUUUGUGGUGACGGAUACAGCAGGCAGCAGCGGGGGCGGUGGGGGGCAAGGCCAGGGGGCGGCCGGAGAGGGGGGAGGAGGAGGAGGAGGACAGUCAGCCCAGAGUACCAUCUCCCGCUAUGCGUGCCGCAUCAUGUGUGAGCGCAGCGCCCCCUACACAGCACGCAUCUACGCUGCCGGCUUCGACUCCUCCAAGAACAUCUUCCUGGGGGAGAGAGCUGCCAAAUGGCGGACGUCGGACGGCUUGAUGGACGGAUUGACCACCAAUGGCGUGCUGGUGAUGCACCCGGCAGGCGACUUCGUCCAGGAGCCGGCACCGGGGGUGUGGCGGGAGAUCUCCGUGUGCGGGAACGUGUUCGCCCUGCGGGAGACCCGCUCGGCCCAGCAGAGGGGGAAACUGGUGGAGAACGAGUCCAACACCCUCCAGGACGGCUCCCUCAUCGACCUGUGCGGGGCCACCCUGCUGUGGCGCACCCCGGCGGGCCUCCGGCGCACGCCCACCCUCAAGCAGCUGGAGUCCCUGCGCCAGGAGCUGAACGCGGCGCGGCCGCAGUGCCCCGUGGGCUUCAACACCCUGGCCUUCCCCAGCCUGGCUCAGCGGGAGAUCGUGGACAAGAAGCAGCCCUGGGUCUACGUCAACUGCGGCCACGUCCACGGCUACCACAACUGGGGCUACCGCAAGGAGAAGGGCCCGGCGGGGCCCAGCGGGACGGCGCCAGCCAGCACCGGGGAGAGGGAGUGCCCCAUGUGCCGGCGCGUGGGCCCCUACGUGCCCCUGUGGCUGGGCUGCGAGGGCGGGCUGUAUCUGGACGCCGGCCCCCCGACCCACGCCUUCUGCCCCUGCGGCCACGUGUGCUCUGAAAAGACAGUGCAGGGGUGGAGCCAGAUCCCGCUGCCGCACGGGACGCACGCCUUCCACGCCGCCUGCCCCUUCUGCGGCACCUGGCUGACCGGCGAGCAGGGCCACAUCAAACUCAUCUUCCAGGGCCCCGUCGACUGAGGGGGAGGCGUUGGUUGUGUGGUGUCGGGGGGUGGUUGUGAGGUGGGGG